UCAACUUCAGCGCCGGAACUUCCGGCUGGUGUGGCCAUCUUGACUUCCUGACCUUGGUCUGCCUCUGGUCCUCGUCUUUGGUCGGCGCGCUAACAUGUCUCUCUUGACGCCACUGCUGCUGAGAGGCCUGACCGGCUCGGCCCGGCGGCUCAUGGUGCCGCGCGCUCAGGUCCACUCGAAGCCGCCGCGGGAGCAGAUCGGGGUCGUGGAUGUCACCGUUGGGCUCACUUCCUGCUUCGUCUGUUGCCUCCUGCCUGCGGGCUGGGUCCUGUCACAUCUGGAGAGCUACAAGAAGCGGGAGUGAAGGGAGCUUCCUCCCUCUGUGACUAGACCACCCUUGCCAGCCCAUCUUGAUCAUGUUUCCUGCAUUCCUGGCUGGCCUUCCCUGGGAUCAUGCCAUUCAAUUCCAGUCACCUCUUCUGCAAUCAUGACCUCUCGAUGUUUCCAUGGUGACAACUGGGACCACAUAUAUUGCUGCUGCUUGGUGGGGUCCCCCUUGUAACAAUAAAGUCUGUUUAAACCUUGCCCCAGAAGUACAUCGUGCCCUCCUGCUCUGGGCUCCUGCCUGCACAGGAACCGAGGAUGGUUGGAUUGGGGCUUAUGGGGGGGACACCUGGCUGGGCAGGUCCCAGUGCUGUCUGAGGUUUCUUAGGUGUGUG